AUGGUUGGCCGCCCCAUCUCACCCAUCGCCAUCUUGGAGAGUAAUUGGUCUGUGACUAAGGCCACCAAGAGGAAGGCCACCACUGAAGAUGAGCCCCCACUGAAGAGGCAGAGGGGUGUUAUGUCUGAUGCCAACACCAACCCUGCUCAAUCAACCCUGGAGUCAGUGAUCGUGGUCCACAGCUCCAGUGACGAGAGCACAGUGUUGUCAGGCCACACCAGCAGAGCUGACUUCGAGGCCAAGUACUUGGAGCGUAAAAAACUUGGUCAAGGAGGCUUUGGCUCAGUUUAUGCCGGCCACAGAAGGUCUGAUGAUUUACCAGUGGCGAUAAAACACAUCCCCAUCUGUGAUGUGCCCUGUCAAAAAGUGAUGUUAAAUGGGAGGGCAUGCAGGAUUCCAAAGGAGGUGCUGCUCAUGCACAAAGCCGCAGGUGAACCAGUGACUGUGGGAAAAUCUGCGGCUGUGUCGAUACUGGACUGGUACGAUCUGGACCAAGAGGUUAUUCUGGUCAUGGAGAGGCCAGUCCCCUCUAUGGAUCUGCUGCGCUUCAUGGAUGAGAACUAUGGUCCGAUGGCCGAGGACGUUGCAAAGAUCAUCAUGAAGCAGCUGGUGGAUGCUGCCAUCGAUUUGCAAGCCAAAGGCGUCUUCCACAGAGAUAUAAAAGCAGAGAACAUCCUCAUCGAGUUCAGCUCCGAUGGCCAUCGAGUUCGGCUCAUUGAUUUUGGAUGUGGCUGCAUUUGCAAGAAAAAACGCAUUUACAUCCAGUUCUCUGGUACGGAACACUAG